AUGCCAACAAAAAGUAUCUCCACAUCCAGUAUAUCUUCAGCUUCAGAUGAUGACUUUGAUUUAACAAAGUUCAUUGACCGCGGCAUGUGCACUGGCUUUGACCACGUUACAUUUUACGUUGGUUCUGUCAAUGCAGCAGCCAGGGAGUUAAUCAAUAGCUUUGGGUUCAUUUCUCGUUAUGAACUGGGACUCGAAACCGGCUCAAAGAGUAUUUGUAGCAAGGUGGUUUGCAAUGGUAAUGUGAGAAUUCAGUUGAUGGGUACCGUUCGGCCAUUACACAGUACUCCAGAAGAUCCAAGAGUUGACGAGAUUCAUCUCCAUAUUGCAACACACGGCGAUGGUGUAAAGGAUAUUGCAUUUUCUGUCACAAAUGUUGAAAAGUUCUGUGAGAGAGCCGAGAAAGCCGGUGGUACUCUUUUAAUGAGGCCACAGACUAUCAAGGAUAAAAAUGGUGAAAUUGUCCUGGCUCGUAUUGCAGGAAUUGGAGACACCGUGCACACAAUUGUCGACAGGACUAAUUACGACGGCUUCCUUCCAGGUCCAUACAAUGUGACUGAUUCGGCAACUGAUAGACAGGGAGACGAUUUCCCAGCUUUGAACAUGACAUGCAUUGAUCAUGUUGUUCAAAAUGAUGAUUGGAAUAUGAUGCUUAAGGAUUGCAAAUUUUACAAGAAAGUAUUUGGCUUUCACAAAUUCUGGUCUGUUGAUGAAAGGCAGAUUCACACAAAAUACUCUGCCUUGAAGUCAACGGUUAUGGCCUCAGAAAAUGAAAGUGUAAAGAUGCCUGUUAAUGAGCCUGCUAAAGGGUUAAAGACUUCACAGAUUGAAGAAUACAUGGAAUUUAAUGCUGCUGCUGGUAUCCAGCAUGUGGCAAUAAAAGUUCCGGAUAUUCUUAGUGCUGUGUCUGAAAUGAAGAAGCAUGGUGUACAAUUUAUCAAUGUUCCGGAUAGCUAUUAUGAGAAUCUGAAAAAGCGGAUGGAGGCUUCUAAACAUCCUAAAUUCAAGGAAUCGUUUGAAAGAAUCAAGAAAUUAGGCAUUCUCAUUGACUAUGAUGAAAACGGAUACUUGCUUCAACUAUUUACCAAGCCUGUCUUCGAUCGACCAACAUUUUUCUUUGAAGUCAUACAAAGACACAACCACAAUGGCUUUGGCGCUGGUAACUUUAAAGGCCUUUUCGAGGUUCUUGAGGCAGAUCAGGCCAAACGUGGAAAUUUAAAAACUUCCACCAGAAUCUGA